AGCGAAACUAAAUGCAGCAGUGAAACUUCCUGGUGACCGAUAAUGGUGAUACCAGCUAAACACUGCACCUGAUUUAAUCACCUGACAUCUUCAAGCUCGACAGAUACCCAGCCAUAAGCAGAUGACACCCAACUGAAAUCCUUCAUUUCAUACAUCUCUAUGUAGUGAUGGAGAAAGCAUAAUGCUGCAUGUGAAGGUUUAAUAAUGCAAGGAAGAACAUGUUUACGUUAUGGAGUUCUCUCCAGUUUGGGCUUUUCUGAACCCUAGGUGGACGUGUAGUGAAGCACUGUUUCAGAUGCCUGUGAUAUACGAAGGAUUGUAAACCAUUAAGAUGGGGAGCUGUCAGUGCUGUCAGUCAUCAAAGCUCUGUGACCCUGUGGAUGAAGUGCAGGGGCUGCUCAACUCGUCCGAUUCGAAGACUUCAGCCAAGACAGACGUGUGUGUGGGACCUGGUAUCUGCCAAGCAUUGGAAGCUGAGAGUGAGUAUAAAGAACCCAUCGAACCGGAGAAUGAGGGUGCGAACGUGCAGCCGCCAUCUCCCAAAUCUGCAGAAUUUAAAAGUUCCUAUUCUGUUGUAAUUCAAAGCCUCCACACUGAUGCCUCCCGUGCUGAACCAGCUAGCCAAAGUGCCUCCCCCAUUUUUAAAGUGUCAGAACAACUAAUAGAGGCUGCUGCAACAGCUAUAGAACGUUCAGAAGUCAAAAAAGAUAGCACUACAGAACAUACCCAGACUUCUAUUACUGACACAGAACUGGACUCUGUUAAAGCACAAGUAGAAGUAGAGAGGGCAGAAGUGACGAAGGAGACAGAAGCUCUUAUAUCUAAUGCACUGACGAAGGAAGAAGCAGCUGCAGAACUUGAGCCGAUGGCCCAGGGUGAAUCUGAAGGAGUUUCAGGUGAGGUUGCAAAGGUGGACACAGAGAAGAAGGCUGCUGUGGUGGACCUUGAGAAGCCAGCUGCUUUGAAGGACAUUGAGAAGCCAGCUGCCGUGGUGGAGGUGGAGAAGCCGGCUGCUGUAGUGGACGUUGAGAAACCUGCUGCUGUGAAGGACGUCAAGAAGCCAGCUGCCGUAGUGGACGUUGAGAAGCCAGUGGCAGUGGUGGACAGUAAGAAGCCAGCGGCAGUGGUGGACAGUAAGAAGCCAGCAGUUGUGGUGGACAGUGAAAAGCCAGCUUCUGUAAUGGUCAUUGAGCGGCCAGCUGUUUUGGUGGACAGUAAGAAGCAGACUGAUGUGGUGGCCAGUGAGAAGCCAGUUAAUGUGGUGGCCAGUGAGAAGCCAGCUUCUGUAAUGGGCAUUGAGCAUCCAGCUGCUUUGGUGGACAGUAAGAAGCAGGCUGAUGUGGUGGCCAUUCAGAAGCCAGCUUCUGUGGUGGAUAGUGGGAGGCAGGCUAAUGUAGUGGAAGCUGUGAAGCAGGCUGCUAUAGUAAAAAGUGGGAAGCAGGCUAAUGUAGUGGACAUUGAGAAACCAGCAGCUGUAGUGGACACUGAGAAACUGUCUGCUGAGGUGAACGUAGAGGUAAAUAAUGAGAAGCCAGCUAAUGUGGUGGACACUGAGAAACUGUCUGCUGAGGUGAACGUAGAGGUAGACGUUGAAAAGCCAACUGUUGAGGUUGAUAUAGAGGUGGACUGUAAGGAGAAACCAAAAGCACAAGAAGUUUUAGCUGAUACUGUCCAGCCAGAUCUGAAUAACCUAACCACUGUCCGACCUGAAGUGAUUUCAGCCGUACCAGCACAGAACAGAUCGGUGGCUGAAGACGACACUGCAGAAGCUCAGCUAUUUUCAUCAGGAUCUCCAGAAAAGGUUGACGACGCAGUUAAAUCAAUGCCAUCCAAUACAGUUAGUGUAGAACUUGCUACAGAUCUCCGGGAUGAAAUAGAAGCCAAACAUGAAAAGGAUAUUUCCCUAAAUAAAGCUGAAAUGAAGAAAGACUGCCUACCUUGUGAAACCCAAGAGCCCUCAGAGCAGGUGCCCCCUCGACCACUGAAGAUAAAUAAACCCAGUGCUCAAAGUGUAGAAAAUGGACAUGUGGAUGAUAUAGGGCAUUUGAAAGAUGAUGCUAAGGCACCUCAAGAGACUAAAAAAUCCCAGACGGGUGAAGAACCUCAGGAUGUUAAUAAUAAAGGAGCACUUUUGCCUGAACCCACUGCCGAUUUUAACAGCACUGCAGAAGAGGUGCAGAAACCUGAAUCUAUAUCAACUGUAGAAGACCAGAAGAUGACCACUGAAUUAACAGAAAAGGUACAAGAAGCUGCAGGAACUAUAAUGAACGGACUGAGUCCAUCCAGUCCUGAAGAGAAGCCUCGACCCGCAGAGACCAUCAGUGCUCAGGAAGAUGACACCAGACCUGAAAGCAAAGCCACUGGCCCAGAUGAAGCACCCUCUAUGAAUGAUAACUUACAGAAAGAUUCAGCACUAGCGCCGCAGCCAGCUGAGAUGAAGCAUACAACAGAUACUGAAGGCACGGAAGAUGCAUCGAGUCAUAUAGCCCAAAAAGAAGAGAUCAUUCAAAGUAAAAUACCUAAAACAAAGGCUUCAUUUGUAGCCCUGAGUGAGAUACAAAGCUUGGACAGCAUUGAAGACCUGUAUAGAGAUGAUGAUGAAAUUACGAAGGAGUUGCUGGAAGAAAAGCUGGCAAAGCCAGUACUGGAGUUCACACUGCAUGGAGUGGGGGCGAACAGCUUAGCUCCAGCUAUUGACAUUCUGGCUUACAGUGAAAAGGAAUGGAAGGGAAACACAGCCAAGAGCAACCUCAUCAGAAAGGGUUACUCCGAGAUGUCCUGUAGUUUUACUGGGCUGAGGAGAGUCAGAGGAGAUAACUACUGCUCUCUCAGAGCCACAAUGUAUCAAGUGCUGGCCAACACCACACACCCUCCACCCUGGCUACUGGAGGAAGAUUUCACAUUGUUGCCAGAAAAACUUGAAGCUCAGGACCACUUGAUUGGAACGUGGACGUUCCCUCCGCAGUGCAGCAGUCCAACAGAGAACAAGAAUGAAGUGCAGAAACUUAAAAGCUAUCUGGAGCUGCUUCAAAGAAGGUGGCAGGAAGCUGCUGAGUCAGAAAGCUUAGAGGAUAAACAGCGUGUGUGUGAGAGCAUAUUUGAGGGUGGAGAAGAAGAGUAUGGCUUACUGGAGGUGCUAAAGCUGCUCAUGCUGGCAAAGGCAGAGGAGCUCUAUGCCAAAAUGCAGGGGGGACAUGACGUGCCUGUGUUCUGCUGGCUGCUGUUUGCCCGCGACACAUCUGAAAACCCAAGGAUGUUCUUCACCAAUCAUCUCAGACAAGUUGGCUUCAGUGGAGGCCUAGAACAGGUGGAGAUGUUUCUUCUUGGUUAUGCCUUACAGCACACGAUUCAAACUUUCCGCCUGUACAAGUUCGACACAGAGGAGUUCGUGACGCACUACCCCGACGAUCAUAAGCAGGACUGGCCCUGUGUGUGUAUCGUCACUGAAGACGACCGCCAUUACAACGUGCCUGUUAGGAAGCCAGCACAAUAUCGAGAGUGAUGACGGACUUGUGCCACAAAGUACUGGUCAUGGUAUUCUGGAGAGAUAGACUUGAAAAGCUGGUACAACACAGUGUUAAUGGUGGUCAGUAUUAGAUCACUGACACGUCACCUGAUUUGCUGUAAAAGGGAGUUAAUUGGAGGUUAAAAGAAUUGGAAGGAAAGAACAUAGUUUACAUGUAACUGCCAUUAAUGUUCGCCUAAAUUUAACCAAAGCACUCAGGGUGUUUUUUUUGUUUUGUUUGUUUUUUUAAUCACUUACCAUGCAUUGCAAUGAUUUUAAGCACAGGAUGCUACAUCAGCUACACAGGAGCUGUGAAAGCAUCUACGCAUGAUGGUUGCAAAGAUGUCUUAGAAGUCUAAUUUUUGAACUGUGUCCGUUUUCUCAUGUGCCAAGCAUGCAAACAUGAACCACACUGGCUCAGUCUGACCCCUAAAAUAUUACAUGCUGCCCCUGCUUUGUUAAGCUUCAUAAAGUGCUUGUCAUUUUGUGCAUUUUUUAAAUCAGCUCCUUGGUUAAAAUAUUCAUAUUUGGUUUAAAUUAAUACUUGUAAAAAUGUACGUAUACACCAAUCAGCCAUAACAUUAUAACCACUUUCUUGUUUUUACACACAUUGUCCAUUUUAUCAGCUUCACUUACCAUAUAGAAGCACAUUUUAGUUCUACAAUUACUGACUGUAGUCCUGACUGUUCUUCAAUGGUCAGGACUCUCCCAGGACCACUACAGA